UAUCAGACUUUUCAACGCUUCGCCAAAUCCAUGGGAACGCGGUUUUGAAACUCUGCAAACCCAGAUCAUCGUCCCCAAAUUCCCCCUUCAUAAAAACCCCUUUUCCUCCUCUGAACCCUCUCAAGAUCAACAAUGGCGUCGAUCUACAGUUGUAAAGAAUGCGGUACAAACUUCAACCUCCACACCACCUACCUUUACCCACCCGAUUUUUACUUCGAAGCAGGCAAUAAAGGUACUCUAUCUUUCUCCGCCGUUGAUUCCACCAAAUUCAAGUUCGAAAAAGAAGAUAAAAUCAGACCUUUUUUUGAGACCCUCAAUUACUGGGGUAUCCAAAGGAAAAGGACCAAAAUGAUGUGCAUGAACUGUGGGAAGCUUGUCGGGUAUGUGUAUGAUGAUGGGGCACCCAUGACUGAUAGUCCGGGUCAGUUUCACUUUGGACCUAGUCAGGUUAUUCCUAGAGCCCCGAGGUAUAGGAUAAAGAACAAGGCUUUGAACAUUACUUCUGAGACUUGACUUGUUCUUCAGUUUUUUGUCAAAAUUUUUAGAUGCAGGGAUUUGUAUACGAAUUUUGAGAGAUGUAUGAUGCUUGUGUAUAUGAGAUUUUUCAAUACAUAUUUCCUUUUUGUGAUUUGCUCUCUUUCGUGUAAAUAUUCAUGCUGGCUGAAUAAAAAGAUUUCGUUUUUAGCCUU